AACGAAACUGGAAUCGUAAUGCUUGGCGCUGUUGCGACUCGCCCGCGUGAAAGCGCAAUUCCAUCUCAAAUCUCAAAGACAGCCCUCUCUGUAUGUUUGAUUGAUUAUCAUGUUCGGAGCAUCUGUCAUUUUUUUCCCACCCAUUAACCACAGCCACAACUACAAAUCAUCCACCACUUAGCGACGCAUUUUGCUCGACAGCCACAACCGACUUCAAAGCGCAUGCUACCUUUUUUCUUUCUCGCCAGGACGGUAGCGUACUCACACGCUGCGAAGCCGACGUAGCCAGCCCGUCCCUCGUCGGCCGCAGUCAUGACUUUCGAUAUCGCCGGCAACCUCCUGGAGCUCACCAGGCGCGCUGCCGAGGAACCCGAACCUGGAGAGGAUACAUCUAAAAAGGAAACAUACUCAUCAUGGGCGCUUUUCAUCCUCAUCGUGCUGCUGAUCGCUGCGUUCUUUGCGAGCUACUUUCUCUCGCUGAAGAAGGUGACAGCAGUACAUGAAACUGUCGUCUCCAUAUUUGCCGGAAUGGCAGUUGGCCUUGCCCUGCGAGUGUUUGCCGUCGAUGGACUCCAGGACCUCGUCAGCUUCGAUUACCAAAUCUUCUUCAACCUCCUCCUUCCACCCAUCAUCCUCUCGUCCGGCUACGAGUUACAUCAGGCCAACUUCUUCCGGCACAUCGGAACAAUUCUCACGUUCGCAUUUGCUGGCACGUUCCUGUCUGCAGUAGUCAUCGGUGUUAUACUAUGGCUUUACACUCGCGUACCCCUCGAGGGGCUCACCAUGAACUGGAUCGAUGCCAUAUCUGUUGGCGCAACUUUGUCAGCUACCGAUCCUGUCACCAUCAUAGCCAUCUUCAACUCGUACAAGGUGGACCCGAAGCUGUAUACCAUCAUCUUUGGAGAGGCCAUCCUCAAUGACGCUGUGGCCAUUGUCAUCUUCGAGUCGGCGCAAAAGUCCGCCAGGGGCUUGACCAAAGGCAGCGCUGCUGGCAUCUCUACCUUCUUCUGGGGUUUCUGGAUUUUCUUGAGGGACUUCUUCGGCAGCUUGUUCAUCGGGGCGCUUCUUGGCAUCCUCACCGCGCUCAUGCUCAAGUACACGUACCUCAGGAGGUUUCCCAAGCUGGAGAGCUGCUUGAUUGUGCUUAUUGCUUACGCCACGUACUACUUUUCCCAGGCCAUACACAUGUCUGGAAUUGUGUCACUGUUGUUCUGCGGAAUCACACUCAAACACUAUGCAUACUUCAACAUGUCGCGAAGAACUCAGCUUACGACCAAGUACAUGUUCCAGGUCCUCGCACAACUGUCUGAGAACUUUAUCUUUAUUUACCUGGGUGUUUCCCUCUUUACGGACAAGGAUCUCCAGUUCCAGCCCCUCCUCAUCAUUGUCACUGUCAUGGCGGUGUGCGCAGCUCGCUGGGUUGCCGUAUUCCCACUCUCGUGGGCCAUCAACUGGUUCCACAAGUACCGGGCAGAAAGACGUGGCAUCAAGAACGUGCCCGAGGAGCUGCCGUACAAGUACCAAGGCAUGCUGUUCUGGGCAGGGUUGCGUGGAGCGGUCGGUGUUGCCCUGGCCGCGUUGUUGACGGCCAAGGACCACCGUGCAUUCAAGGCGACCGUUCUGGUUGUGGUGGUGCUCACUGUCAUCAUAUUUGGUGGCACUACGGUCAACGUGCUUGAAAUCCUCGAGAUCCGCACGGGAGUGACGGAUGAGAUCGAUUCUGACGAUGAAUUCGACAUCGAGGCAGUUGGGGGCUACUACAAGCGAUCGGGUAACGGAAUAGGUUAUAGCCCGGCCGGGCGCAAUGGUGUUGUGCCCCUGGACACACGUCCAGGUCGGAGACGUGACAGUAAUGGCGCCGUCGGUGGAAGAGACGCGAGCGGCUGGAGCUCAGGACAUAGAUCUCCCUUGAGUGCGGCAAGGCCUGGCAGUCUCGUCCGUACAGGGUCAACACGCGAAGAAGCGGAAAGACUGGACCUCCUUGGCAACCCGGGCGGCUCGACAGACUCGGAUGACUUUGGGAGCGACAUUGACACGUCGGACCUGCCGCCACCAGCCCCUAGGAGACGAUCCAGCCCAAUGCCGCCUACGGGCGACGAAGAGGCAGCUGGUUUGCCAGCGGGGGGGAGCAGGACAAGGUCGAACACAGAGACGGGUGGCUUGUCGGCCACGGCCGCGAUCCGCCAGCUGUUCAGCACCGAGGACCCAACAGCCCUGUUCAGGCAGCUGGACGAGGACUACAUCAAACCGAAGCUACUGCUCGAUGGCGGUGCCGGCCGUGGGAACGGUGGUGGCGCUGGCGGAUCGAGUUAGGGCUUUCUUUUGUAUAAUUUCGGGUACAUAUUUUAUAGACACUCAAACGCAUGGCAUGAACUAUCAGUAUGGAGCACUAGUCGAAAUAAUUUCUAUGCAGCAGUGGCAGGGUGACGGCCUCAGAAACUUUUGACUAUGUACAGAAGAAAGUCAAGACACUGUAGAUGUGCCUCAUUUAUUCGGACAAGUCGAUCCCAUGCACAUUUCUUU